UGCCGGAAGCACAUGUGCAAUAGUUGUUAUUGCCACUCGUAAUGACAUAUUGUGUAAAUUAAUACUUAUAUGAAGUUGAUCUUUCACAUAUUGAAACAGAAAUGAUAUAGCAAUAUUUCUAGAGUAUUUUAAUUUGGAAGUAUACAUCAUCAAUAUGAGGACCAAGACACUGGAUCAGUUAGCAGCGCUUCAGAAAACUCCCAGCAAUGUUCGCAACAUAUGUAUUCUGGCUCAUGUAGAUCAUGAUGAGGACAAGUACCUGAUUAACCUGAUUGAUUCACCAGGCCAUGUAGACUUCUCCAGCGAGGUGUCGACGGCGGUGCGGCUUUGUGAUGGGGCUGUGGUGCUUGUGGAUGUUGUAGAGGGAGUUUGUCCGCAGACCCAUGCAGUGCUGCGGCAGGCAUGGCUGGAGAAUAUCAAACCUGUGUUGGUUCUCAACAAGAUCGACCGACUUGUGCUGGAGCUGAAGAUGUCUCCCCUAGAAGCCCACAUACACCUAAAGCAGAUACUGGAGCAGGUGAAUCUCUUAACCAAUGAGCUGUUUACAUCCGAGGCCAUGGAAAAAACAUCUACAGAAAUUGACAAACUACAGCGCUCCACAUCCAGAGAGGCUGACCCACAGAGCUACGACUGGACCACCCUGGAAGAUGAAGAUGAGAACAUGGAGAACAAGAACAUCUACUUCUCUCCGGACCAGGACAACGUUGUGUUUGCCAGCGCACUCGAUGGCUGGGGAUUUAGAAUCUCUCACUUUGCUGAGCUGUGGGCCCAGAAGCUGGGGAUGAGCAACAAGGUUCUACAGAAGACACUUUGGGGGGACUACUAUCUCAAUGUGAAGAACAAGAGAGUCAUGAAAGGUGCACAGUCUAAAGGGAAGAAGCCAUUGUUUGUACAGUUUGUGUUGGAGCAGAUCUGGGCCGUGUAUGAUGCCAUUGUCAUAUCAAGAGACAAGGAGAAGACUGACAAGAUAGUGAAGUCUCUGAAACUGAAGGUGUCUGCCCGGGACACCCGACACAACGACCCUCGCAUUCAGCUACAGGCAGUCACAUCUCAGUGGCUUCCUGUCUCAUCAGCCGUUCUAGCUGUUGUUGUGGACACCCUGCCGUCCCCGCUACAGAUGACGGAGGAGCGAGUAGAGAAGCUCAUGUGCAGCCACAUCCAGAGAUUUGACUCCCUGCCAGAACAGACUCAACAUCUGAAGCAACAUUUCUUGUCCUGUAACCCUACAACUGACACUCCUGUGAUUGUGUUUGUGUCCAAGAUGUUCCCAGUAGAGAGAUGGCAGCUGCCACAAAACAAACAGAGACCUCUAACAGAGGAAGAGCUUCAGAUUAGGAGAGACAUCGCCAGGAAAAGACAUGCAGAAAAGAUGGCAUUCGAAGAAGGGAAGACAGACACCAACACAGAAGAUUCGGAGACAGCAGAUACUCCUCCAGAGGAAGUCCCAGAAGCUGCAACAAAUGGAGUAGCCAUCGAAGCUGGCGAGGCAUCAAGUGAUCUGGGCGGACACGUGUUCAUUGCCUUUGCUCACGUGUUCAGUGGCACAGUGAAGAAAGGCUGUACCUUGUAUGUUCUUGGGCCAAAACAUGAUCCAGGGAAAGUGCUUGACAAGCCUGACCUGGAAGGGGAGAUAACCCCGGGGAUGACUGUGCGAGACCUAUCCAGCAGCCAGCAUAUCACCAGGUUCACUGUCAAGGACCUCUACCUGUUCAUGGGACAACAUUCUAGGUCAGUCUGGAGUUACAGGUCAUACAAGGUACCCACAGACAACAUUCUAGGUAUUGGGGGCUUGGAGGACCACAUCUUGAAGUCCGGCACCAUUUCAUCGACUGUGGCUUGCCCUGCAUUCACAGAAAUGUUCUUUGAUGCCGACCCCAUUGUUAGAGUCGCCAUAGAACCAGCACACCCAGGUGACAUGACAGCUGUGAUACAGGGCCUGAAGCUGUUGAACCAGGCCGAUCCCUGUGUGCAGGUCCUGGUGCAGGAGACCGGGGAGCAUGUCAUCAUCACUGCUGGGGAGGUGCAUCUGCAUCGCUGUAUCGAGGAUCUACAAGAGAGAUAUGCCAAGGUUGAAGUGUCAGCAUCGGCCCCUAUUGUUCCUUUCCGCGAGACAAUAAUUGAUCCCCCCAAAAUCGACAGGGUCAAUGAGGCUAUUCAGGAUCAAAACCAGCCAAUCAAAGCAGCUAUUACAAGAGAGGGAGAGACAGAGGAGGAAGAUGCAUUAGAGGAAGGUUUGAUAGAGGUGUACACUUCAAACAGGAAGUGUGUGCUUCACGUACGUGCUGCUCCUCUCCCAGAGUCAGUCACCUGUCUCUUGAGUAACCACCCAACCAUCAUAAAAAGCCUGGAGCAGAACACAACUGCAAGAUUCAGUGAUAAAUCAGAAUGUGAAAGUGAAGUAAAAAUGAACACAGCAACGAUUGAAGCUUUGAAGGAUUUGAAGGCAAAGUUGAAAAAAGAAUUUGAACAUUCUGGAGACUUUUGGAAUGAUGCUGUUGAUCAGAUAUGGAGUUUUGGACCUCGUCGGAAUGGACCAAAUAUUUUGUUGAACCGAAUUCCAGGCUACCAGAGGCCAUCGGUGUGGAGCAGCAUUGAGAAAUCUACAUGCUCCAUGCAGUGUCAAAACUUUGAUAGCUCAGUGGUCAAUGGGUUCCAGAUGGCGACUCUGUCAGGGCCACUGUGUGACGAACCAAUGAUAGGUGUGUGUUUCGUGGUGGAGAAGUGGGACUACGUUAAUGUAGAGAGUAGCUCAGUGAAAUCUAGGACUAAGCGCUCAGGUCAACCUCAGGUCAAUGGGGAGGUCAAGGUCAGUUCUAGGUCAAGGACUGCUGCUGACUGUGAUGAAAAGCUCGACUGUGAUUCACCUGAAGAGGAUUCUCAUGUGUCUAAACAGAAGCAAGUAGCGUUUGGUCCUUUCUCAGGUCAGCUGAUGUCAUGCAUGAGAGAUGGAUGCCGUCGGUCGUACCAGGCUCAACCACAGAGGCUGUCAGUUGCCAUGUACAAGUGCACAAUACAGGCCACAACAGAGGUGCUAGGUAAACUAUAUGCUGUCCUGGGCAAGAGAAAUGGCCGAGUGAUCUCUGAAGAGAUGAGGGAAGGGACACAGAUUUUCAGCGUACAAGCCACGCUUCCCGUCAUUGAAAGUUUUGGAUUUGCCCAGGACAUCCGUAAGAAGACUAGCGGUCUAGCCAGUCCACAGCUGACCUUCAGUCACUGGGAGACCCUUGAUAUUGACCCGUUUUGGACACCUACAACAGAAGAGGAGUAUACACACUUCGGGGAGAAAGCAGACUCCGAUAACCGAGCUCGCACGUAUAUGAACAAGGUCCGCAAACGUAAAGGUCUGAAAGUCGAUGAGAAGAUUGUGGAGCAUGGCGAGAAACAGAGAACCCUGACAAAGAUGAAAUAGUUGCCAACUGCUUACACUUCAUGAUCAUCAAGGGACACGGGUUACAUAGUUGUAUAUUUACAUUGUUUAGAUAUGAAAGAACAUAUUUAAUUGAAGUUGAAUCUAAAAUCAUUGGAUUUAGAUAAGAGGUAUGGGGAAAAUGUCACAUUUUAGAGUUAUCUCCCAUGGUUAGCUGCUUGAAACUUGAAUGAACAACAAUAUGAUGGCUACUUGAAUAGCAUAGAAUCUUUAGAAUCUUUUAUUGUUCUAUUUCGCAGUUUAAGGAAACAAGAUGUUCUACAACUGACUUCAUGUGAGUGGAAUAACUAGCUAGACUAGUUUGUAUCAUCUUGUUUCCUUAUGUUCCUGUAGAUAUUUGUAAGUGCUGGAAUACAAGUCAACAUACUCAUGAUCUGUUCCCGUAGACCAGCAUUGUUGGGGUUUGUUUAAAAGAGAAGGAUACAGGCAGUUCACCAUUAGUUUCUUCCAUCCUUGGAAAUUUGGUACUUCAGUGGAGU